AUGGUCGUGGUGGGAAAACAGCGCGAGGAAGACCUUGCCGAGCCGGUGCUGGCUAACUUGCUGAGCGAGGACCGUAUUCCUUGGUACAAGAAGCGGAAUCUGAGAAACCUGUAUUUUGUCUUGUUCCCGGCAUGCAUGGGCAUCGAGAUCACCUCGGGAUUCGACUCGCAGAUCAUCAACACGCCAACGGGUGAUUUUGUCAAUGGACUCCCCGAAUACGCGAUCGAAGAGAACCUCAAGGGCUUCCUGGGUGCUGCGUACUCCCUCGGAGCUAUUCUCUCCCUGCCUUUUGUCCCAUACGUCAACCAAAAAAUCGGACGACGAUGGACGAUCAUGUUUGGUUCCUGCAUAAGCUUAAUCGGAGCCAUCAUCCAGGGCUUCGCCAACGGAUUGGCCAUGUACCUUGUCGCACGUAUUCUUCUAGGGUUCGGAAUUCCGUUCUGUAUUGUCGCCGGGUCCUCUUUAAUCGGAGAACUGGGUUACCCCAAGGAACGACCGAUUCUCACCUCGCUGUUCAACUCCUCAUACUUCAUCGGUCAGGUCAUCGCGGCAUCCGUGGGUCUGGGCACGGUAACCAUUGCGUCCAACUGGGCAUGGCGAAUCCCAUCUCUGCUUCAGAUUGCGCCUGCCAUGAUCCAGGUCGUGACGGUGAUGUUCCUCCCUGAAAGUCCCCGAUACCUGAUCAGCAAAGACCGCCACGAUGAGGCCUACGAAAUUCUCACCAAGUACCAUGCAGAGGGCGACCGCAACUCGGUCAUUGUCAAGGCGGAACUGGCGCAGAUUGAAAGUACCAUCAAGUUGGAGCGCGAAGCUUCGAAGCAAACCUGGGCAGACAUGUUCCGCACCGCCGGUAUGCGUCGUCGACUGUUCAUCUCCGCGUUCCUCGGCCUAUUCACGCAGUGGUCUGGCAACACGCUCAUUUCGUACUAUCUAAGCGACCUCCUGACCAUGGUCGGAAUCACCGACGGCGUAGUCAAAUCCAAGAUCAACAUCGGCAUCGCCUGUUGGGGUCUGGUCUGUGGCACUGCCCUGGCGCUGACGGCCCCUCGCUUCAAGCGUCGACCGGCGUAUCUCGCCUGCGCAAGUGCCAUGUUGUGCGUCUACAUCGGAUGGACAAUCUCCAUGGAACGCUCCCUUAGCACGGGGGCUCAACCCGCAGCCAUCCUAACCAUCUUCUUCAUCUUCGCGUACUCGCCCGCCUACAACCUCGGCUACAAUGCCCUGACCUACACGUAUCUGAUCGAGAUUUUCCCUUACAUGAAUCGGUCACGCGGUCUCUCGUGGUUCCAGUUUUAUGGUCGCGGCGCAAACUUCUUCGCCACCUACGUGAACCCCGUUGGUCUGAAAAGAAUCUCCUGGAGGUGGCUCCUGGUUUAUUGCUGCUGGUUGGCGUUUGAGUUGGUGUUCAUCUACUUCUUCUUCCCCGAAACUUCCGGCCGCACUCUUGAAGAGCUGUCAUUCAUGUUCGAGGGCAAAGAAAAGGCCAAUGAGGUCGCUGCUGCCGUCCACAAACAGCUCGAUGCUGAUGACGAGAAGAAUCAGGAAACGGCACAUGUCGAGGUUCGAGACACCAAGAAUGUUGUUUGA